AUGCUACUGUCCCUGCCAGCGGUCCCGUCACUCAUCGCGGCGCCGCUGCUCCCAGCGACCCGACCUUUGCGGGCUGGCCCUCUCGCGUCGAGCCACACGGUCGACGAGGAGCAGCAGCAAAGGUCAGAGCUCCACGCGUUGCUCAAGUCGCUCGAACCGUAUGCUGAGCAGCCGCUCGAGGACGCAACGACGCUGCCACCAGCUGCGUACACGAGCACUGCGCUAUUUGAGCGCGAGGUCGAGACCAUCUUCCGGCCUGGCUGGUUGUGUGUUGGUCACGUGUGCCAGGUGCGGGAGAAAGGCGACUACGUGACCCUCGACCUGCUCGGCGAGCUCCUCCUCCUCGUGAAUGACGGCACGCGGCUGCGCGUGCUCUCGCGCGUCUGCACUCACCGUUGGGCCCCCGUGGUCGGCGAGGGCCGCGGCACCUGCAAAGCGUUCACCUGCCCGUUCCACUUUUGGAGCUUCCGACUCGAUGGCUCGUGCAUCAAGGCGCCUCUGAUGGAUGACUCGACCGCUUUCGAUGCGAUCGAGCACCCUCUUCACGAAUAUCGUUCCGAGGUUGUGGACGGCUUUGUGUACGUCAACCUGGACGGCGCCGCGCCGCCACUCAGCAGUCAGCUUGCGGGCAUGAGCCAGCGCCUCGUCAGCUGGCGGCCCGACGAGAUGGAGUCGUACAUCGAGCUGACCUACGACUGCCCCUUCAACUGGAAGAUUGUCGUGGAGACCUUUAUGGAGUGCUACCACCACCUCGGCGCGCAUGAGGCCACAUUUGAGCCGAACUUCCCAGCCAAGCUCUCGUGGACCGAGGAUGCGAGGCCGGCGUGGACGGUCGGCCACGCCAAGCCGCGCCCUGGCCGUGAGGUGUCCGCCUUCGAGGCAGGGCUGCCCCGCUUCCCCCACCUCGAAACGGAGGCGGAGCGUCAGGCCUUUGCCCUGUACAACGUCUUCCCGUCGCAGCUGCUGCACGCGAUGCCGGACCGGGUCCUCUGGUUCCGGCUGCAGCCGCUCUCGGCGGAACGCACCGUGGUCACCACCUUCUGCCUCGUUCCGCCCGGCACGAUGCAGAUGGAGGACUUUGAGGCGACCCGCGACGAGCAGCGCGAGCUCAUGGACAAGAUCAACCGCGAGGACAUCGCCGUCAACGAGAUGCAGCAGGUUGGCGCCCGCUCAGGCGCCGUCCGGCCCGGCAAGCUCAACUCGAAGCUGGAGAAGGCGCUGUGGCAGCUCAACGCGUUUGUGGCGCGCGCCGUCUGCGCGCACUAA